CUUAAAUAUCAUCACGUGACUGUGGUGUUUAUACUGCGCUGGAUAAUGAGCUUCAAACACGCGAAACCGAAUGAAAAGGUUCCUGCAAGCUGCCGGAGAACAUGAGAAACGCGCGGAGGAGAUAUGAACAUCGCCUGAUGCGUCCUCAUCAUAUGGCUCAUCAUAACGUGUCAUAAGCGCCGCGAGGGGCUCCAUGUUUGGGCUCCACUGCUGCUGGAGUCAUGAGAGGCUCUGUGGACCUUCCUCCUGCCUCACUGUCUCAUCGCAAACUCUUGUGCACCCUCUGGCGCUUGCUAGACUCCAAAACUUCUUUGUGUUGCCUGCUUAGCAGAUUGUCUUCCUUGUCUCUGAGGCUGCUCAUUAUUCAGAGACAGCCGGAGCUCAGGUCAUCUGCAGCUGCUGUUCUGAAGAAGAAGAAGAAGAAGAAGAAGAAGAAGGAGGAGGAGGAGGAGGAGGAAGAGGAAGAGAAGCAAGAGGGAAGAUGGCGAACACCCUGCUGCUCUAGACAGGGAACAAGUUCGCAGAAGAUCCAGCAUCCAGCCGUGAGUAUUCGGUUUCACAACCGUCCACAUCUCGCCUCGCUCGUGACGCUCCAUGAUAACGCGCUGGAGCUCGGGAUCCGUGGAGAGGCGCUUUGGGAAUGACCUGGAAAUGCGCUUUUAAUGCUUCCCAGACCCGAGAGGAGCCCCAAACCGAGCGAAUCCUCCAAAAACGGGCACCUUGGAGCUCGUGCAGUGACGCGUUGCUGGAGCGUCUCCUCGCGUGCGCCGCGCGUUUUCCUCCACUGGAAGGAGCGUCGCGUCGCGCCGCCGGUGAGCGCAUCCGAGCGGCGAAACGCGAUGUGACUGGCGCUUUCUUGAAGCCAUUGCACGGAUUUGGAGCUCCGCGUCCAUUAGUCAGUCAGUCACAGACGGACGCGACGCGUGCAAACGCGCGCGCUACGCUCCCGUGACGUGACCAGAGUGUCUCAAUGUGGCGGCGUGAAAAUAGCCUUGUUGUUUUUUCCGCGACGGGCUCCAGGUGUUUCUCGCCGCAGGUGUAGAAUGACACCGAGGCUUCCUCCAGAAAAUGGAGUCUGGAGAACAAAGGUUGACUUUCCCCUGCUGCCACUGGCCACUGCAUGGAGCUGGACGCGCGUUUGGUUUCCCUGAUUUUCCAGGGAGUCCUAAGCGAUGGAAGUGCUGCAGUGCGAUGGCUGUGAUUUCCGUGCAGAGUCGAACGAUGAGCUCAAGGCGCACAUACAAGACGUCCACACGGCCUUCCUGCAGCCCACAGAAGUGGGAGAAGGUGAUGAGUCACCCAGACGGUCCAGGUCAAACUCGUUAAACUCCCUCAGCCAAACAGAGGAUGAGGAAGACUUGAGCAAUCACAAUUAUGACUCGUUGAAAAAGGAAGCAGGUGUUAAACCCUUUAACAAAGACCUUGGGCACAUCUCCGGUUCAAAGAAAGUGAAACGCAUCCAGUCAGCAAAACCUUCAAACAAAACGUUAACUCCAUUUUUCCAGUGCAAGUUCUGUGUGCGGUACUUCAGAUCUAGCUCUUUUCUCAGUGAACACACCAGGAAGGUCCAUGGAGAAGCAAGCGAUGAGAGAUCCCUCAAAACUUCCAAGCAGGCCAGCUGCAGCGCUACGACUUAUGAUGGUGUAGGAACGGUCUUUUCCUGCCAGUAUUGCACUUAUAAAUCCCCACACAGAGCACGGAUUCUGAAACACCAAAAAAUGCAUCACAAAGAAGGGUGCUUUCCAGGCCACUCGGCUCCUCCUGUUGGAGCAGAGGUUUUGGAUUUGCACUCUGACGCCUCCUCCAUUGAAGAACAAUGUGAAGAGUCGCCAGAGGAUGUAGAACGUAAUGUGCUGGAAUCUAUGAUCAAACCCCAGUCAAGAGGAGGCUUUGACUGUGAGUGGUGUGGAUUUCAGACAUCGCAAAGGCAGCAGUUAGCCGAUCACAUGAUGAAGAAACACCGUAACAUGGUGAAGAUCAUGGUAUCCUUGCAACAGCCCAAAAUGCAGGACGGAAGUGCGGGAUCCAGCAAGUCUGAUUCUGCUUCAUCCAGGAGAAGCACUCCAACCUCCAAUUUGAACCUGAACGAUCUAGCGUGCAAUGAAGGUUCCUCCGCAAAUGCCUCGUCAAUCAAAGGAUCCUCUGGCAAUGCAUCACUCAAGACCACUUCAGGGAUAUCAAGUUUUCAGUACUCCCAGCUCACAGCAAAAAUACCCAACAGCACAGGAUCUUCCAUACUGUCAGAGAGAUCGACUUUCACCAUGUCAGAUAUGUCAAGGUCUGGCAUGGAUCUAGAUGCCAGCAUGCUGAAUGAUUCCAGAAGCAGUUCAGAUGAUGAACUCUGUGACUUGGAUGAUCCCAGUUACACAGAGUCAGCUGAGGAUUCUACUAAGCUGCUUCUGUCAGAAGAGGAUAAUGACCUGCUGGAAACUAAAGGAGUUCCAUUCAAAAGACACAUGAACAGGUUCCAGUGCCCUUUCUGCUCCUUCUUGACCAUGCACCGACGUAGUAUUUCUCGUCACAUAGAGAACAUACACUUAUCUGGCAAAGCUACGGUGUAUAAAUGUGACAAGUGCCCCUUUCUUUGCACCAACCCUCUAAAACUUGACACGCACAAACAAUGUCAUGGUGGGUCUUCUGAAUGGAACACUAUGGACUUAACCAGCGAAAGUGUAGAUGGUCCGGCUGAACGCUCCGUGCCAGUGAACGGAGGAAAUGGCAGCUCUAAAAUCAACGGGAAAAAAUCCAGCACAGUCGAGGAACUGCAGGGUCCUCAUCGGUGCUCACUGUGUAACUUUUCCACCAUCACACUGAAAGGUCUACGUGUCCACCAGCAACACAAACACUCAUACUGUGAUGGAACACAAGUCACGGGUCAAGAGGGCUCGUCCAAUGAGCAGCAAGAUUCUGAAUCCGAAUCCUACAGCUCCUCGAGCUUCGUUCAGAAAACUCAGACCUCAAUCCUUGGAUUUUCAACCAAGAAGCAUCUUAUUGGGAAGACAGCAAGAAAGUCUAUCAACGAUUUACCCUUGGAUCUCUCUCCUGUCAAAAAACGGACAAGGAUUGAUGAAAUCGCAAACAAUCUCCAGAGCAAGAUUAGUCAAAGCCAACAGCAUGAAGAUGUGAUUAACCUUGAGGAGAUGGACGACGAUGUGGAGGAGAAUGGGAAUCACAUCGAUUUAGAAACAAGCAAAGAGAGAGAAUCCUCUGAUGCUCGAAGUCAGCACUACACCUUCAACACUCAGCACCUUCAUGUUAGAAAUUCUGGAAGUGUUCAGACAGAGCGUGGUGUUGGGAAAAGAAAACGCAAUCUGCAGUCCAAGCUUGGCUCAAGAAACAUUCCUGUUCAAGUAACCAUUUCUGAUGAUGAAGACAAUUACAGUGCCUCCUUGGAAUCUAAAGAUGCCCAAGAUCAAAGCAGUCAAGAUAGCAGAGAGACAUAUCAAGACAACACUGAAUACAAUACUGAAGAACCUGGGAACCUGUUCUACUGCAAACAUUGUGAGUACCAAAACAAGUCUGCUCGCAGUGUUAGCACACACUACCAGAGGAUGCACCCUUAUAUCAAGUUUAGCUUCAGAUACAUCCUGGACCCAGAGGAUCAGAGUGCAGUCUUCCGUUGUCUCGAGUGCUUCAUCGAAUAUAACAACUUUAAUGAUCUGCACCAGCACUAUAUGACACACCAUCCAGAAGCAAGCAACGUUUUGAACUUUAACCAGCCAGAUCUGGUGUACAUGUGCCGUUUCUGUUCCUACACAAGUCCAAAUGUGCGGAGCCUGAUGCCCCAUUAUCAAAGAAUGCACCCUUCAGUGAAGAUCAACAAUGCCAUGAUCUUCUCCAGCUACAUGGUCGAUCAGCCUCAUAAGGGGGCUGCUGAAUCCCAAACACUGAGGGAAAUCUUGAAUUCUGGGCCCAAGAGUUUCAGAUCCUCCUCAUCUGGGUCCAGAUCAUCAUCCAGUCCAGCUAUCAAAAGCAUCUGCAAAACGCCAGAAGCAAACACUGAGGCUGAAGCUUUUCGAGAAAGUCUGGGUGGUAAUGUGGUGGUUUACGACUGUGAUGUCUGUUCUUUCUCAAGUCCCAACAUGCACUCAGUAUUGGUCCACUAUCAGAAAAAACACCCUGAGCAAAAGGCCUCCUACUUCCGCAUACAGAAGACCAUGCGGGUCAUAUCUGUUGACCAAGCACAGUUGUCAAACAAUUCAACCUACAGCCUGACGAGCACCCCCAAGUCUUCAAAUGUCAUCUUGCCUGUGGCUCUGGAUGAAGAUGUUUACUACUGCAAACACUGUGUCUACAACAACCGCUCUGUAGUGGGCGUUCUGGUCCACUAUCAAAAGCGACAUCCGGAGAUUAAGGUGACGGCAAAGUACAUAAAGCAGGCACCCCCAACUCCGGGACUGCUGAAACUCAUGGAUGAGUUACAGAUCGCACCUCCUAAACAGUUUCUGAAGCAAUUCAACAACAACGGGAUUGAAGGGUCAGGUAAUUCCAACACUAAAGGAGCAUCCGACAAAGGGGAACCUGAAAUGCUGUUCUUCUGCCAACACUGCGACUACGGGAACCGCACUGUGAAGGGGGUCUUGAUUCACUACCAGAAGAAGCACAGGGACGUGAAAGCCAAUGCCGACCUCGUCCGUAGACACACGGCUGUGGUCAGGAGUCAGAGAGAACGAGCACAGAUGAUCCAAGCGGGAAGUUCCACGUCCACUGCAACUGUAGCUACUGAAGCAGAAAAAUCCAGGUCGUUGCGAUCUUUGAAGUGUAGACACUGUGCAUACAUGUCUCCUUAUGUGUAUGCCUUGAAGAAGCAUUUGAAGAAGGAUCAUCCUACUGUGAAGGCCACGGCCAUGACGAUCUUACACUGGGCUUAUCAGGAUGGUGUGUUAGAGGCUGGUUAUCACUGUGAGUGGUGCAUAUAUUCUCACGCUGAACCAAGCGGGCUGCUCAUGCAUUACCAAAGACGCCAUCCUGAGCACAAUGUUGACUACACCUACAUGGCCAGCAAACUAUGGGCUGGUCCUGAUACUUCCACCAGCAGACAAGCUGGGAACUCUGAAACGAAGCAUUACCAAUGCAGAGAUUGUGCCUUUGAGGCGUGCUCCAUCUGGGAUAUUACUAACCAUUACCAAGCGGUGCACCCUUGGGCCAUCAAAGGUGACGAGUCUGUCCUGCUCGACAUUAUCAAGGGGAACCAAGCACCUGAUAAGCUGCUCCCACAACUGCCCAAAGGACACGUUUCAAUGUAUAGUCCAUUCAACAGCAACCAGCAGGAAGAGACUACAGUUGAAGUCAGCCGCCGAACACAUGAGCGACAACCUAAUCUCUCUCUGUCUGCCACGUCGUCUAUCUCAAACAACCCUUACCAGUGCACCGUGUGCUUGUCUGAGUACAACAGUCUUCAUGGGCUUCUGACCCACUAUGGCAAAAAACACCCGGGCAUGAAAGUGAAAGCUGCUGACUUCGCUCAGGAGGCAGACAUCAACCCUAGCUCUGUUUACAAGUGCAGACAAUGUCCAUACGUGAACUCGCGCAUCCAUGGAGUUCUCACACACUACCAGAAACGGCAUCCUUCCAUCAAAGUCACGGCUGAAGACUUUGCCAAUGAUGUCGAGCAGGUAAACGAGUUGGUUAACGAGGGGGAUGAGCGAUCUAAAACACAGAGGCAGGGCUACGGUGCUUACCGCUGCAAGAUGUGCCCUUACACACAUGGCACUUUAGAGAAACUCAAGAUACACUAUGAGAAAUAUCAUAACCAGUCUGCUGCAAACAUUUUCAGAACAGCUGCCAAGCAGUCACCGACCAGAAGAGACGAUUUGGUUGCUGAAUGCAGUAGCAGCAGUGUGACCAAAGUCUCUGAGAUUUGUGACUUUGACCUCGCAAUUCCCGAAGUCGCAAAGAGUGACAAGAAUGCGGUGUUUACAUGUCAGCUGUGCAAAUACUUCUGCUCCACCCGGAAAGGUAUCGCUCGUCACUACCGUAUCAAGCAUAACAAUGUCAGAGCGCAGCCCGAAGGGAAGAACAAUGUCUUUAAAUGUGCACUCUGCUCCUACACCAACCCCAUCCGCAAAGGCCUCGCAGCACACUACCAGAAACGGCACGACAUUGAUGCCUACUACACGCAUUGCUUGGCAGCAUCCAAGACGGUGGGGGAGAAACCGAAAAAGGUGAUGGUGCCCUUGGCGUCAGAGGCAGAGGCUCCAGCGAUGAGCGAAGAGCUAAGGCUUGCGGUGGACCGUAGGAAAUGUUCGCUCUGCUCCUUCCAGGCUUUCAGCAGAAAGAGUAUCGUUUCUCAUUACAUAAAACGCCACCCAGGAGUCUUUCCCAAGAAGCAGCCCUCCAGCAAACUGGGCCGUUACUUCACUGUGAUCUAUUCCAAGGAGGCAGAGAAACCUCCAUCUACGGAGGAGGUGGAAAUCGUUGAAGUUAAGGAUGAGGUGGAACCUGAAGGUGAUGUGGACUGGCUCCCCUUUAAAUGCCUGAAAUGCUUCAAGCUUUCGUUCAGCGCGGUGGAGCUGCUGGUGAUGCAUUACAAUGACUGCCACGACAAGGAGCUCAAGCGGGAUUUCGUCACCAUUCCGAGCCCCGCAGAAGAUGGGACAGAGCUCUACCAGUGCACCCACUGUGAAAUCAAAUUCUUGACUCUUCCAGAACUCGGCGUCCAUCUGAUAAACCACAAUGAGGAUUUCCAGAAAAGAGCCAUGAGGCUUGAACGAAGAAAACAGCUUCAAAGCAAGCAGAGGACGACAGAGCCGCCAGAAGCCAAACCAGAAAAUAAGGUGGAUGGCACCCCCGAUAAGACUCCCAUCGGCUACAGGUGCAACUUCUGCGUGGAGGUCCACUCCACCCUCCGGGCCAUCUGCAACCACCUGAGAAAGCAUGUGCAGUACGGGGAGGCCAAGGAGGGACACGUGAAGCAGGAAGCAGCGGAGAUGCCUGUUGCCGUUCCCGUGGACGGAAUCACCAACGGCGACGUGGCGGAUGUGGUUGCCAUGGACGCUGACCCAUUGGAGACUGGUGCAUCACCGGCUGACGUCACCAUGGAGACGGAGGAGACGGUGGCCGUGGAAACGGAGCCGAUGGUUGGAGCGCUGGAGCCGGAGAAGGAGCGCGUGGUUCCUGGGCAUCCGUGCAGCAUGUGCAAUCGUAUGUUCAUGUCCAUGCAGGGCCUGCGUUCUCACGAGAGGAGCCACACGGCCGUAGCGCUCGUCAACAGAAACGACAAAUACAGCUGCCAGUACUGUCAGUUCGCCUCGCCGUUCAGACACAAUCUGGACCGUCACGUCCAGUCACACCAUGGACAUCAGAAGCCCUUCCGCUGUGAACACACGUAUAAGUGCAUGUCGUGUCCGUUCUCCACCAUGACCAUCAUCCAGCUGAAGGAGCACUCGCUGCAGGAGCACGGAGAGACGCUCACGCUGCCCAAACUCAGAGCUGGAGCCGCGCUGCGCUCCACACGACCCAACGCCGAACACGACGAGCAGAACACGGCCCUCGACCCACAAUGCACCGCGUCUGCGGGGUAUCUGGAGCCAGCAGAUGUUCAGCAGCAGUUGAGUCACUUCCAGCUGGCGUCUCGCGUCCAGGCCGAGGUUUCCUCCAGUCCGCCGCCGCCGCUCGAGAGUCCCGUUCCUCAGGCCCGGCCCGACUCCAUCCUCACCUGUGAGUUCUGCGAGUUCAGCUCCGGCUACAUGCAGAGUCUGCGCAGACAUUACCGCGACCGGCACGGAGGAAAGAAGCUCUUCAAAUGCAAGGACUGCUCCUUCUUCACCUGCUACAAGUCCACGUUUACGCUGCAUGUGGAGGCUGGUCACACCAGCGGCCCCGAGGAGACGCCCAAAGAUCUGCGCUGCCCCUUCUGUCUGUACCACACCAAACACAAGAGCAGCAUGAUCGACCACAUCGUCCUGCACAGAGAGGAGCGCGUGGUCCCACUGGAGGUGUCUCGCUCGAAGCUGUCUCGUCAUCUGGACGGCCUGGUUUUCCGCUGUCACAAAUGCACCUUCACGUGUUCCAGCGAGCAGAACCUGCAGCAGCACAUCCAGAAACACGAGGAGCUGAAGCCCUACCAGUGUCAGCUCUGCUACUAUGACAGCAAACUCUUGCAUGAGCUGGAGAUCCACCUGCGCCAGGAGCACAAGGUGAUCCGUAACUUUGAGCUGGUGGGGCGGGUGAACCUGGACCAGCUGGAGCUGAUGAAGGACAAGACGAAGGACGUGAGCAGCAGCGAGGAGGAGGAGGAGGAGAGAGGAGAAGACGAGACCGUAGAGGAGGCAGACGAAGAGGAGGAGGAAGAGCUGAUGGAGGAUGAAGAGGAGGAGAAGCUUCCGGAGAGCAGACAGAAGGAGACGAGCAGCCAGACCGAGGUGACAGGUGUUGAGGAGUCUCCCAGCGGCAGCGGCGUCAAACGCUAUCCGUGUGAGUUCUGCGGCCGCACCUUCACGCUCGGCUCCGAAUGGGAGCGACACGUCCUUCGACACGGCAUGACUGUUAACGGCAGCAAGAACGACGGCAGUCCUGUGCCCUUGUCAGCGCUGCCUCUGAUUGGUCCAGCAGCUGUGAUUGACAGAGGGCUGGACCUAUCCAGUAACACUGUGGAUCAGUCUGACCAAUCCAAGUGUCCGAUUCAGACUGAGGAAGACAAAGAGACGCAGGAGACCAAAAACGACCCUUAGGAGCAAAACGAAAGCUGUAGAGAAUGUCAUGCGUUCUGUUGUUUCGUCUGUCUGUUCACCGUUUGUUUUGUUGCAGAACAACAUCGGCUGCUUCUUGAGUAUUUGGUUUAAAAAGCUAGAUUUGUGGAAUGUGACGA